AUGGCUACAGCAGCCGUGGUAUCGGCAGCCGAUGUCAAAUACUCGGUUGUCGCAUUCCCUGGAGAUGGUCAGAGCGUUGCUGUUUCGGUGGAUGGUCAAGCUCAUGCAUUAGCUGCGACACAAUACCCUAACCUAUACUCUGGAUCAGCACCAGCGCCAUCUGAUCAUUACCAAUAUGUUUUACAAUCAUCGUCAGGGUCCUCCCAACAAGUUGCCGAAUCCACAACACGCAAAUUAGCCCAAGGCGUCUCUCAAACAGGCAACGAAUUCUUCAAUCGCUCACGUACCAUAUACGAUGUCCCUGCUCUCCCUCAAGCAUUCAAUCCUGUUUAUCCACCCCUAUUUACCGGCAUGAACAUGUCCAAUGAGGUUGCCACGGUAAUCCUCAAUGCGAAUGAUACCGGCAUCAAGGCGUACCUUGAAAAUCCCAAGGGCGAUUUUGGCAAGAUCCAAGUCUACAAUAUGACAUACAUCACCAGCAACCAAGUCUAUACAUUCCAAAAUGCAGGCAUCAAGACGAGUGGUCAAUCCACCAAAGAGUUUGCCAAGCAAUCCUGGAAGAUCGAUCUCAACGUUAAAAAGUUUGGAAGCGGCGUUGAUAACAAACAAUUACUCUUUGGCCGAACGACCCUUAAAUUCCGCGCUCAUGAAACAGAUCCUACCUUUGCGCGGGAGAAGCUAUUAUUGGAUUGUCUUGCCGCAUCUGGUGCUGCCACUUUGUCCGGCAGUUGGGCACGAUUGUUCGUUAACAAUGAAGCAUUCGGCCUUUAUCUCAUGAUCGAUGAUGCCUCUACCCACUUUAUUGAUGAUGUGCUCCAUGCUGGCAAUUACUCGUACCCAUACACUGGCCCUGUAUACAAAGGAAACUCUCUCAGUGAUACAGAAGAGGCUGAUUUGGUGUACAAGGGUGAUGAUCCAUCGUUGUACUCGAAGGAUGUGUAUGACCCCAAGGAUGAUGGCAAGGCUGACCUUAACAAAACCAAUGAAAUGGAACCCUUGAUCGGCUUAAUGAAGCGCAUUCAGCAAAAUGAGACUGUUGUGGAUACCAAGCAUACAUUGAUCCAUAUGGCAUUCAACUUUUUGUCAGCAUCAUGGGAUGGUUUUUGGUACCAAGCUAGCAAUUACUACAUUACCCAGGACCUCCAAAGCAACCAAUGGACGCUGAUCACGUAUGAUUUCGAUGAGACAUUCGGUAAUGGCAUUGAGGAUGAUUCUCUUAUCACUGUGCCAUACCAGCAAUUUGGUCCCUCAGGUGGCAAUGUGUCUCGUCCCUUGCAGGAUCAAGUGUUACACGGCAACGAAGCAACCAUGAAUGAAAUUCUCACCACUGUGGUCAAGCGCUUUUUCAAGCCCAGCAUUAUUGAACCCCGAUUGAAUGCAUGGAUCGAAAUGUUACGCGAAGACAUUGCUUGGGAUAGAGCCAUUCCUGCUAAAUCACCGGGUGAUGCCCGACAAUGGACGCUUGAAGACUUUGAAACAAACAUGAAGAAUACCACCAAAGACAUUGUUGGCUUGCUUGAAUUCAUCACGAAGCGUUCGGCAGCUGUUACUCAACAGCUCAAUAUCACUGAUGCUGACGAAGGCCUUCCUGCACUUGAACCUUACACCCAAGGUAAGAUGGGUGAUGGUGCCGCAGGCUCAUCAUCAUCGAACCCUGGCGUUGAUGCUGGCAACAAUGGCAAUGUCACCCCUGGUGGUGGUGGUGCAGAUUCGUCAGCUUCAUCCAUCCAUCCAUUCUCAGCAACAACUAUGGCUUUGUUGUUCUCGUUUGGUGCAUACAUCCUUUUGUGA